AUGGAAUCAUCAUUUAGUGAGCUGAAUAUUAUUCAGGAACAUGAGGAAGAAGACUUCAUGAUAUCCACAAUGUUGGGAUCAGCUGAUGAGGGCAGGUUGGAGGACAUAGAAGAUCUUCUCAUGGAUGUUCCCAACAUCAACAUUGAUAUCCACAACAAGCACUUAGAGACAGCCCUGCAUUUUGCCUCUGGUGCUGGUCAUUUGGAUGUCGUGUUGUUUCUCAUCAGCAGGGGAUCAAAUGUCAACUGUAAAGAUAAGCAUGAUGACACGCCAUUGUACUGGGCUUGCAGGCAAGGCCACUUGAAGGUUGUCGAAGGUUUGAUAGCCAACGAUGCUGACAUCCAUACCAGAAAUAAGCAGUUGCGCUUAUGUUUGAGAACACCGAACCAAGAAGAGCAGGACUCAUCAGCAGCCCGAAUACCUAUCGGAAUAGUUAUCGCAGUUUCUUAUAUAGCCCGCACAAAUCACCUCACUGGUCAGACAUGUUUGCACGCUGCUGUGAGAUACCAGCGAACGGAAAUCAUCAAAUACUUGUGCCAAGCUGGAGCUGACGUCAAUGCCCAAGAUCAGCGAGGUGAAACAGUUAUGCACAUGUGUGCCUGGUUGGGUCUACCAUUUGAGAUUUGUGAAGUGCUCUGCAGUCAUAACUCUAUGCAAUUUUCAACCAGAAAUAAGAAUGGUGAAACUUGCAUGCAUGUGGCGGCUGGCAGAGGAAGUCUUGACUGUUUAAAGUGCCUGCUCAAAUAUGGAGCUGACAUCAACAUUCUUGAUAAGCGCAAGAGUACAGCCUUACAUUUAUCCUGCCACUGUCAGCACCUGAACAUCGUGAAGGAGUUGCUGGUACACGGCAGCUGCCACAUGGAUGCCGUCGAUCAGAAUGGAGAUGCUGCCAUCCACAUCGCAUGCCACGCAGCCAUCCUACCUCUCGUUCAGCUGCUCUCUGCCAAUGGAUGCAAUGUUGAUCUCAUCAAUAAGUCAGGAUUGACACCUUUACACAUAGCUUCGAAGCAAGGAAACACGGAGAUCGUUCGUUGCUUGCUGCUCGCUGGUGCCAACGUAGACAUACGCAACAAAAGUAACAUUACGGCUCAGAUGAUAGCCUUGGCACGUGGGAAGAAUAACAUUUCAGACCUGCUGACUAGAAUCACUCCUCGCUCCUCAAUGAAUUUUGAAACCAGAUGGGUCUUGAGAUCCGCUCUGAACUUCGCAAGUGAUGGAGAAGUAGUCAGAGAAGUAGCCAGUGCAGGAGAACAAGAUAUGGAGAUAUAUGAGAAAAGAAAGGGGCACGAGCAACUAGACUAG